GCCUUCGCUCAGGUCUUCGUUCAGGUCAUUAUUUAGGUCUUCACUUAGGUCUUCAUUCAGGUCAUCAUUUAGGUCUUCGAUCAGGUCUUCGAUUAGGUUUUUAUUUAGGUCUUCACUCAGUUUUUCAUUUAGGUUAUCACACAGAUCAUUGUUCGGGUUAUUUUUCUGAUUCUUGUUCAGGCUAG